GCGGCGGGCCCUGCAGCCCCGCCCCGGUGGUGUCCGCGCGGCCCGCGCCCGCCAGGCCCAGCGUUAGCCCGCGGCCAGGCAGCCGGCAGGAGCUGCGCGCGCUCGAACCUCUCCCGCCCUGCUCGUUCGCUCUCCUGCUUGGGAUGGCCGGCUACCUGCGGGUCGUGCGCUCGCUCUGCAGAGCCUCAGGCUCGCGGCCGGCCUGGGCGCCGGCGGCCCUGACGGCCCCCACCUCGCAAGAGCAGCCGCGGCGCCACUAUGCUGACAAAAGGAUCAAGGUGGCGAAGCCCGUGGUGGAGAUGGAUGGUGAUGAGAUGACCCGUAUUAUCUGGCAGUUCAUCAAGGAGAAGCUCAUCCUGCCCCACGUGGACAUCCAGCUAAAGUAUUUUGACCUCGGGCUCCCAAACCGUGACCAGACCGAUGACCAGGUCACCAUUGACUCUGCACUGGCCACCCAGAAGUACAGUGUGGCUGUCAAGUGUGCCACCAUCACCCCUGAUGAGGCCCGUGUGGAAGAGUUCAAGCUGAAGAAGAUGUGGAAAAGUCCCAAUGGAACUAUCCGGAACAUCCUGGGGGGGACUGUCUUCCGGGAGCCCAUCAUCUGCAAAAACAUCCCACGCCUAGUCCCUGGCUGGACCAAGCCCAUCACCAUUGGCAGGCAUGCCCAUGGCGACCAGUACAAGGCCACAGACUUUGUGGCAGACCGGGCCGGCACGUUCAAAAUGGUCUUCACCCCAAAAGAUGGCAGCGGUGUCAAGGAGUGGGAAGUGUACAACUUCCCCGCAGGCGGCGUGGGCAUGGGCAUGUACAACACCGAUGAGUCCAUCUCGGGUUUUGCGCACAGCUGCUUCCAGUAUGCCAUCCAGAAGAAAUGGCCGCUGUACAUGAGCACCAAGAACACCAUACUGAAAGCCUACGAUGGGCGUUUCAAGGACAUCUUCCAGGAGAUCUUUGACAAGCACUAUAAGACCGACUUCGACAAGAAUAAGAUCUGGUAUGAGCACCGGCUCAUUGAUGACAUGGUGGCUCAGGUCCUCAAGUCUUCGGGUGGCUUUGUGUGGGCCUGCAAGAACUAUGACGGAGAUGUGCAGUCAGACAUCCUGGCCCAGGGCUUUGGCUCCCUUGGCCUGAUGACGUCCGUCCUGGUCUGCCCUGAUGGGAAGACGAUUGAGGCUGAGGCCGCUCAUGGGACCGUCACCCGCCACUAUCGGGAACACCAGAAGGGCCGGCCCACCAGCACCAACCCCAUCGCCAGUAUCUUUGCCUGGACACGUGGCCUGGAGCACCGGGGGAAGCUAGAUGGGAACCAAGACCUCAUCAGGUUUGCCCAGACGCUGGAGAAGGUGUGCGUGGAGACGGUGGAGAGUGGAGCCAUGACCAAGGACCUGGCGGGCUGCAUUCACGGCCUCAGCAAUGUGAAGCUGAACGAGCACUUCCUGAACACCACAGACUUCCUCGACACCAUCAAGAGCAACCUGGACAGAGCCCUGGGCAGGCAGUAGGGGGAGGCGCCACCCAUGGCUGCAGUGGAUGGGCCAGGGCCGAGCCGGUGGGUCCUCCUGAGCGCGGCAGAGGGUGAGCCUCACAGCCCCUCUCUGGAGGCCUUUCUAGGGGAUGUUUUUUUAUAAGCGAGAUGUUUUUAAAGCAUAUGUGUGUUUCCCCUCAUGGUGACGUGAGGCAGGAGCAGUGUGUUUUACCUCAGCCAGUCAGUAUGUUUUGCAUACUGUAAUUUAUAUUGCCCUUGGAACACAUGGUGCCAUAUUUAGCUACUAAAAAGCUCUUCACAAAA